UUUAUUAUUUUUAAUGUAAAUAAUUUUUUUAAUGUAUAUCACAAAGAAUGAUAAAUGUUUGUGGCGCCAGGUCAUCAAAGGAUCGGGUCAUAGGUGGCUGAUAAGAAUUGACACGUAACCAAUAAGUUAUGUCGUUUAUCACAGCUGACAUACAGGAAGUUAAGAUAUAUAGUUUGGAUAAACGUCUUCACUGUACUAUCGCAUUAUGUAUUCAUCAAGUUGGAACACACGAAUCAUGUUUGGAAAAUUGAAGUUGGUAUUUCAUAGGAGCUGGCUAACCUCGUGCACUCGGGAUUCACAUCAAUCAGCUGUACAGAUCAAAAGGAUUAACAAAAUCCUGAUAGCAAACCGAGGAGAAAUAGCAUGUCGCAUAACGAAAACUGCCAAGAAACUUGGUGUAAGGACCGUGGCUGUCUAUAGCGAGGCUGACAGGAAUUCCAUGCAUGUGGAGCAAGCUGAUGAGGCUUAUUGCAUCGGUCCAGCUCAAUCUAGUCAGAGUUACCUUCGACAAGACAAAAUUAUAUCGGUUGCCAAGCAGGCCAAGUGUCAAGCAGUACAUCCAGGUUAUGGAUUUCUUUCUGAGAAUACAGAAUUUGCAGAAUUAUGUCAAAGGGAGAACAUUAUAUUUAUUGGUCCACCGGCCAAUGCCAUCAGAGACAUGGGUAUAAAGAAUACCUCAAAGGCUAUUAUGACGAAAGCUGGAGUUCCUAUUAUAGAAGGAUAUCAUGGCGAAGAUCAGACGAAUGAGAAACUGCUGGCAGAAGCCAAGAAAAUUGGUUUUCCAUUAAUGAUCAAAGCUGUGCGCGGUGGUGGUGGAAAAGGUAUGAGGAUCGCCCAGAAGGAAUCGGAUUUUGUCGAAGCGUUGGAAUCUGCGAGAACCGAAUCUCAGAAAGCCUUUGGCGAUUCAGCGGUGCUUCUGGAAAAAUAUGUUGCUGAGCCUAGGCAUGUGGAAGUGCAGAUUUUUUCCGAUAAACAUGGAAAUGCCGUUUAUUUAUUUGAAAGGGACUGCUCUGUACAAAGGAGACAUCAGAAAGUAAUUGAGGAAGCGCCUGCUCCCGGUAUUUCUCAGCAGUUGAGGCAAGAGUUAGGUGAAGCAGCUGUGCGUGCUGCUAAAGCUGUAGGAUAUGUAGGUGCUGGGACAGUGGAGUUUAUCAUGGAUCGGCAUAAUCAUAGUUUUCAUUUUAUGGAGAUGAAUACACGUCUCCAAGUAGAGCAUCCCGUCACCGAAGCGAUCACUGGUUUGGAUCUAGUCGAAUGGCAAUUGAGAAUUGCGAGCGGCGAGGAACUUCCGCUCAAACAAGAGCAGAUCAAUCUUAACGGCCAUGCAUUCGAAGCGAGAAUUUAUGCUGAGAAUCCAAGGAAUGAUUUCUUACCAGGAGCCGGUCAGCUUUUGUACUUAAAGCCUCCCGAAGCGAUGGACAACGUUAGAGUUGAAACUGGAGUGCGACAAAAUGAUGAGGUAUCUGUACAUUAUGACCCUAUGAUAGCGAAAUUAGUGGUCUGGGGGAAAGACAGGAGCGAAGCUCUCAGCGUACUUAGAUCGAAACUCAGCGAAUACAAUAUAGCUGGCUUGGACACAAAUAUAGAAUUUAUCAAGGAUCUCUGUGUACAUCCGAAAUUUCAAAGUGGCGAAGUACAUACGGGAUUUAUUAAAGAAAAUUUUGAACAACUUUUCCCUAAACUACAAUCAUCCAAUAGAAUACUAAUUCAAGGUGCGCUUGCCUUGAUACUGCAUGAAGAUAUGGAAUCUUUGAGCGCAUCCUUAGACACAAAAGAUCCCUUUAGUCCAUUCACUAUGGAAACUGGGUUCAGAAUAAAUCACAUUUUAAAUUGUACAUUUCAUUUCAAUGUUGAAAAAGAGAAUAACAUAGUGGAGGUGAAAUACGUCGAACCUGAUGUAUACCUGAUGAGAGUGAAUAGAUUAGGAUUUUGGAAAGUAAUUGGAACCUUGAAGAAGAUAGAUGGUACUUUAGAGUUGUUUGCAGAAAUUGACGGGAUUAUCAACAAAGUACGAAUAGUGAAACUCAAUAAUAAGCUACACAUAUUCACCAAGGAUCGCGAAUGGCAACUAGUUAUUCCCACUCCUAAGUUUGUGAACGCGAUUACAAGACAAGUUGAGCAAAAUCCAUAUACAGCAUUAAGUCCGAUGCCAGGAUUAGUUGAUAAGAUCUUCGUCAAUAAGGGAGAUACAGUAAAAAAAGGCGAUUCAUUGCUCGUUAUCAUUGCCAUGAAAAUGGAGCAUAUUAUUAAGGCUUCUAUAGAUGGAACUGUUGAAGAUGUGCUGUGUUCUAUAGGUGAUAACGUUGCCAAAAAUAAGCUUUUAAUAAAAUUAACUGAAGGCUAAAGUACUAGAAGGCUAAAGUGAUACACAGAAUGAUUCAGAAUAAAUAUUUAAAUACUUUAAUAUGACAUUCCAAGAAUGUUUAUUCUGAAUUAUUUUGUAUUGUAAAAAAUACCAGUGAUACUGAGGAGAAAAAUUUCAUGAUCGCUACUCGUUGAUCUUUUAAUAAUUUUUAAUGGAAUUGUUGUUGUUGGAUCUAUAUAAAUAUAAAAUGAAUGUA